AUGCUCCCACGGGACAACACAGGCGACACUCGCAAUCCAAGUUUGUCAGCUCGCAACAAUUGCGUAGCUCGCGCUGUAAGGAUUCGUACGUAUCGACCGGCAGUCGAUCUUUUAUACGAAAUUACGAACACUCUGAACGAGACACGCGCGGAAAUGCGGCGCGACUGCGACUGUGACUCAGAGGACGGCUGUCGGCUCCUUACGCGAAUAUCUAGCGAGGGGGCGGCGGGGGGGCGGGCGCGGCACGUUGCCAUGGUGCGAGAUCAGGCCACGUGCACGCGGCCAAUGGCGGCGCGCGCCCCGCGCAUCGCACCCCGGCCCCGCACCGCGCCGCCACGGGCACGGGCUCACCAUGCACGCCGCACCGUCGCCGCGCCGAGCUGUGCCGGCAGGCAGCACACAGCUCGGGCACGUCCCGUGUGUGUGUCCGCUCGC